UUGUCAGCCUCAUAUGACUGACUGAGAAUAAUCACGUCGCUUUCUCGAGCUCCCAUUCUUCCGUCCCUGGUUUGUGAGAGAAGCCUCCUUCAAGGCCUGAACCUCGACCGCUUCUUAUCGGUGUUCAAGCACUUGCCGCUCUCCUCCUUCUUAUCCAAAUUCUGUUAGCCGUAGCGCACCCAGCCCCGGCGUUCGCACGCCGCGAAGAAUUUCCGGCUCGUCCAAGAAGCUCAUCAUCUCCCGUCCUUCACUUUCCGACGCUUCGAACCUCACGUCGACUUUUGAGUCGAAGUAAAGGCGCUUCGAACCUCACGUGGUGACGUGUCUCUACACCAUCGCGAGUCACUAUUUGAGGCACCUCAAAACGAGUCACCCCACCACCACCCGUCUCACCUGUCAGCGUCACACGCUACUGGCGACGUGUCACACGCUGGUGUUGGUACUACUAUUAGCGACCUCGCGACAUCUACCGGCCUUUGCAGGCGUUCAACCCCUAGCAUCCCGGGUGUUGACGAAGAUUGCGUUCGCUCGACUUCGCUCCACCCCGCGCGAUAUCAUGUGAGGCUCGUUCACCAGCUUACGCGGGGAACAGUACUACUACUACUAGUUGCACACGUACCGUAGUAGACCGUAGUAUUUGCGACACAGUGGCAUAGUAGCUGUUUCUUGGGGUGUUUUCAAAAAGUAGCUUACGCGGUGGCAUACUAGAAGCAGCGAGCCAACCGUCUCACUCACAGCGAGCCAGCAACCCCACCUCCUGGAUUCCCUCAUCGCGCUUUCUGGAAUUCCCUCCGCCGCCUCACCUCCUGGACUUUUGAGUCGACUCAAAAGUCAGCUCACUCACAGCGAGCCAGCAACCCCACCUCUAGGAUUCCCUCAUCGCGCUCUCUUGAAUUCCCGCCGCCUCUUCACCUCCUGGACCUCCCAGUUCCUUCGGCGCGCAGCGGAGCAAGACAAGGGACCGCCAGUCCGUGUAGUUUUGGCGUAUCGACGAAGCCCGCCUAGCGUGCGUAGCGCGCGGCCUCGCCCUCAAGCAUAGUGUCACCUUUUUUGAGGCGCCUCAAAAAUAGACUCCUCAAGCAUAGUGUCACCUCUUAGCAGCGCUACGCACGCUAGGCCUAUGCUUGAGGGCUAGGCAGCAGCAGCAGAAUAAGCUUAGUGUCACCUCUUAGCAGCGGCAGCAGCAGAAUACGCUUAGUGUCACCUCUUAGCAGCGGCAGCAGCAGAAUACGAAGCGAGAGGAGCAGCAGCCUCGGCAAGUGCAAUAUAUUUUUGCAUUUCAGCGGCCCGGAUUUAAAAGUACAAGCGGCAGCAGCAGCAGCAGCGGCCAUGUGUGUGGUGGUGCCGAUAUGCGGGUUCGGGGAGUACCCGCAACGAGACACGUUCAAGGAGUCGCUAAAAGCGCUGGAGGCGGAUAUUCAACACGCGAACACGCUAAUGGCGGGUGACAUGAUGCGAGACUAUGACGGCGCCUACCUGCAGAUGAGGUUAGGCUUCAGCCCACUGGCGCCGCUUGUCCUCUUCCUCGUGCGCUGGACCGACUGCAGCCUGGCGGGGGCGCUGGGGCUGCUGCGGGUGCUGGUGUUCAAAGUGCACAAGAACGGACGGACAACCGCGGCCAGGCACGAGAGGAAAGCUUCGCUCAAUGAGUUGUAUGGCUUCCUCUACCCCUCACUGCUUCAGCUCUAUCCCGGCAUAUCUGACGUGGAGCACGCAAAGCAGCAGAGGAGAUGCAACGAGCACUACUUGUGGCCGCGCAUGGAUGCAGACUUAUCAAGACCACCCUCUUCCUCCUCCACCGCCUCCCCCAUCUCCUCCUCUUCCUCUUGGCCCUCCCCCGCCUCCUCCUCCUCCUCCUCCUGCUCGUCUUAUAACGAGGAUGAGGAGAUUGAGUUGAUGGGAGGGAUGGAGCGGGAGAAGGAGAGGGCGAGGGAUAGAGAGCGGGAGGGCGAGUGCGGGAUCUGCCUCGAGGAGAUUCGAUCCGACGGCUGCGAUCGCGUGGCGAUUCCCAGCUGCGCGCACUCCAUGUGCUCCCGCUGCUUCAAGGACUGGAGCUCUCGCUCGCGCUCCUGCCCGUUUUGCCGGGACGAGUUGGGUAAAGUGCAGGAGAGCGACCUGUGGGUGGUGGUGGGGGAGGAUGAGUCAGAAGACAUGCGGAAGAUCACUCGCGACAACCUCCGGCGAAUCUUCCUCUUUGUGCACCGGUUACCAGUUAUGGUUACCGACGCGCUGCUGCCGCCCUUAGACCUCGACUACUACUCUCUCCUGUAAAAUGCGUUUCUCUGCGUCAGAAGACCCAUCCCGUUAGCGCACCGGUUGGUUACCAGCCAUGGUUACUGACGCGCUGCUGCCGCCCUUAGACCUCGACUACUACUCGCUGCUGUGAAGACGGCAGCUGCUACUCGAGGGCAGCUACAAGCCCUCAUAUUGUGUACAUAGGGCCGUUCGCCAAAGGAAGCAUUUCUACCUUUCACUUCGCGCUAGUGGUCGCUACUGCUUCUGCUGCUGCUGCUGACGUCACCUCUGCCGCUGCCGUAACUGCUGCUGCUGCUGCUGCUGCUGCUUCUGCUGGUGUGGCUACUUCUGCUGGUGCGGCUUCUUCUGCUGCUGCUUCCAAGUCGGUCUGCUACUUGCUGCUUGCUGUUGCUGCUGCUGCCGCCGCUGCUGCUGCUGCUGCUGCUGCUGCUGUUGCUGCCGCUGCUGCCGCUGGUGCUUCUGCUCGUGCUGCUGCUGCUGCUUGCUGCUGGUGCUUCUUCAACCAAUCCCAGUGGCAGCUGACAAAGGCGUGGGGCAGAUGUCGCAGCAGGAGAGGGUCGUCUUGAGUGGAGGCAACCACAUAGAGGCUGUUGCCUCCACCUUCUGCUGCUGCUGCAGCUGCUGCUUCUGCCGGUCCAGUGGCAGCUGGCACGCUUCUAGCGGCGUGGGGCGGAGGCAGUAGCAGGAGAGGGUGGUCUUGUGUGGAGGCAACCGAAUCCUCAACAGUUGUAAAGGGGUUCAGCAUGCAACAGCGCCUUGUACAUUAACUCUGCACCUAGAGUAGUUAGCUUCUAGCUGCUAGCUUCCAGCUACCAGCUACUACAACGGUGGUGCUAGAUAGUAGUAGAUAGUAUGAGAACAGGUGCUGCGUUUUUGGCAGCUGAAAUCCGGGUCCUCUUUAUAAGCAGAAAGCUUCCCUAUGUGGGGGGCUGCUCUGGAGUGGGAGACAAUGUAUUCGUGGGGUAUUUAGCCCUAUUUUAUUGGUGUAAUUUUCUCCUAUCUCCUUCUUGUUGUAUAUGCUCCUUUUU